AUGCGAACCUUGCUUUCACAUCGCGUAAUUUCUCUCUACCUCGUCCUCUUUCUCCUCCUCCCAUCCCGCGUUUGCCGUGCGGACGAGACUCCUGGCAAGGUGUUCAGCAAGGGAACCUAUCCGGUGGCUGCGAAAUGGCUGCCGCAGCGCCGUCGGGUUCUUUUCAGGAACAAUCCCCCCAAGCCUCUCCGCAUCUGGUCGCCCAAGCCUGCCUCCGCCACCGCCCUGCCAGUGCUGCUCUUCCAACACGGCUUCUCCGCCCAAACUAUUUACUACUCUCGCCUGCUCUCCCGCGUUGCUUCCCACGGCUUCAUUGUCGUCGCUCCCCAGAUGUAUCCCAUAACCACCACCACCAAUGCAAUCCCUGAAAUCCUCUGGCUGCGCUCUCACCUCUCCUCCACCCUCACCCCUUCCCCCCUGUUUUUCUCCCUCUCGCCCUCUCCAUUCCUCCUUUCUCACUCGAAGAUGUAUCCCAUAACCACCACCACGAAUGCAAUCCCUGAGAUCCGUGCAUCUGCCAGGGUCAUAUCCUGGCUGCGCUCUCACCUCUCCUCCACCCUGUCCAACCGCUUCAAACUCCUUGCCUCUCCCGACUGGUCGAAAUUCGCUAUUGCCGGGCACAGUCGUGGGGGUGCUGUUUGCUUUGCCUUAUUGAGGCAGCUUAUAGUGCCUUCUCCGGUGCCUCUUAAGGCUGUUGUGCUUUUGGAUCCUAGCAACCCCCGCAAGCCUCUCCGCAUCUGGUCGCCCAAUUUCCCCCAACGCCCCCCUUCUCCUCCCCCCUUUCACCCUGUUCUCCCCCAGAGCAACCCCCGCAAGCCUCUCCGCAUCUGGUCGCCCAAGCCCGCCACAGCCACCGCCCUGCCAGUGCUGCUCUUCCAACACGGCUUCUCCGCUUCUCUGUUCCCAAGCAACCCCCCCAGGCCUCUCCGCAUCUGGUCCCCCAAGCCAGCCACAGCCACCGCCCUGCCAGUGCUGCUCUUUCAACACGGCUUCUCCGCCCAAACCUCCUUCUCUGCUUCUCUUCCGUCAAGCAACCCUCCCAGGCCUCUCCGCAUCUGGUCACCCAAGCCCGCCUCCGCCACCGCCCUGCCAGUGCUGCUCUUCCAACACGGCUUCUCCGCUCAAACCUCCUUCUACUCGCAGCUGCUCACACGCAUCGCCAAGCACGGCUACAUCGUCGUGGCUCCUCAGGUGUGUGGAUGA